AUGGCUCGCAUAACGGAUCUCCCAAUCGAGGUGAUGGCCUGUGUGCUGAGCGAGCUUGAUGAUAUUCGAUUCCUUUCAGCCACACUUCUCACACGCAAACACUUCUACAACUCUGCCGCCGAAAAUUCAAAAGUCGCACGCAACAUUCUGACACGGCAGAUCACUUCGAAUCUUUUGCCGUACUCGAUUGCAGUGUUUGAGUCGUCCCGCCCGCCCCAGACACAUACAAAUGCUUCAAUCGAGGAGUUGAUCAAUCUUCUCUGCCAUGAGCCUGAGCAGUUGGUGGCCCGCAUGAGAACGAUGCAUCUUCGGGACCUCGUACACCUUGGCCACGUACACGACAUUAUGCAUACCAUGUCAACGGACUUCAUGCGCCAGGCCUGGUCGCUUCUUGGCCAAGAUCACCUUAUACUCUCCCCAGUAGAGUCCUUCCGAGUCAAGCGGGCCUUUUACCGGUUUGAACUUCUUUGCAAUCUGUGUCACCGACAUCCAAGUACUAUCGAAAGUGAAAUUGAGAAACGAUAUUAUCCUACAGAGCAGCUUCUGAGAAAGCACUCGCCGUGGGAGAACGAACAGCUUGGAUGCAUCUAUAACUUCAUUGAGGAGAAGUUUUCAUUUGCUACAUUUCAAGUUCUCCGCGAAGAUUUUGGAUUUGGAGCAAUAUUAUUCAGCAGCAUCAGAGAUAGGAUCAAUGAAUACUGUAGACGAAGAUGGGAAUGCAAGGGUCUGCUGUUCACUCACGCCUUGAUAAAUGAAACCUCAAAUGACGCAAAGAAGAUGAAACUAAAGUCAACAAUUUUGUCACCGGAGAUCAGAAUCUAUUACCAUCUCCGUCAAGCGCAUGGCGAUGGCGCAAGCAACAAGCUUCUGUAUGAGUACAGCCCUGAGGAACGAAGGACCUUUGCGUCACGCUUUGAUGAUCAUGAUACGGACAUCGGGCCAUAUGAAGCAUGGUAUAAUGCUCAUAUGCACCAGAGUAACAUAAUGUGGGUCUUGGCCGUUUCCAAAAUCGGGCGACGACUGCGCAGCUACGUGUUCUGGGACUUGAAGCGCAUAAAUCAAAACAACCUGCUUAAAGAAUUUGAGAGCGCACCAAAGUCCAGAUAUGUUGAAGAUGGCUUUAAAGAGUGGCGGCACUCCCUCGGAGAGCGUUCUACGAUUUGGGAGAAACGUGGCAGUGUUACUGGAGGGAAGUUGACACUAGCACAGUAG